AACCAUCCCACAUUGCCAAAAGCCACCUCAAUGGUUCGCCGCUCACCUUGAGAUCCAUUAACAUUGACAUUACUGUAAACGGCCGACAAGAGAACACGCCAGGGUCCCAGUAAGCUACAUGGGUCACCAAAGGACGUCAAACAUUGCUACUCCCUGUGUUAGAUCGGCGUUAGCAUUGGGUGAUUACUAGCGAUAUGGAAUUUUGCCGCCUUAGCAUGCUAUAUUUCACGCCCGCCGACACAGCGCCGCACCGAGACCGAGAGGAGAGGAGAGGAUGGAAAAACAGACCGAGAAAAUCAUAAUCAGUGUGAUGGCGAGCAUAGCCCACCAUAUGCGCCUCCACACACAUUCGUUAACUCUCUCAUGUUGCUGUGCAUAGCAUCAUCUCCACGUACAACAGUCCAUUACAUACAACUCGAUGCAGGCUCACGUUUCGCUCCCGUUGAUUCCCGGCACCGCGGGCUCAUCUUGCCCGUCGUCCGCCGCAUCGCUGCCCCAGACUCGCCGUGCCGGCUCGAGGACGUCUUCCGGUUGGACGAUCCCCGUCCUGAUCGGAAGCCAAGUUAACCAGGUGCAACGAGAAACAAGACGAAGCCUCCGCAGUCCCGGAAGGCUGCAUGUUGAACAUGGUGCAUAGCGGCAUGGUCAUUCAUUAGUGUAGUUGAGUAGCGGCUCUUACAAUGCCUUGCUUGCAGGCUUAACCAUGUUCCUGCUUCAAUCGGGCAUAUGUUAUUCCCACAAGACGCUUUCAGAAUUGCGUUGUGCUUCGCUCAAUUGUCGGUCAAGGCUCCAGAGUCGGUCGAUGAAAGUUGAUAUGUUCUGAUAAACAUGGAUGCUGAUGGAGUGACCUGAGUCCGUGCCUAUCAGCAUAUCAUGAGAAUCUACAGCCAACAAGAGACCGGAGCCAUCCCACCCCCCUCGCAUCUGGGUGGGAAGUUGACGUCUGAAUGCUUGUAAGGCCGAAGGCGUGGUUUGAUACUGAAGAGCGCGAUAUUAACGCCGUGUAUCAAACAUGAUCUGACUACAACUGCCACUGGCAGUCUCUACAAUUAGCCCGAAACAAUCAUGCGUUGUUGGCCCGUGGGUAUUGGUGGGUAUCCACGAAGCGACAAAUCGAUUCAUCUCAAUGUUCUAUCGUUAUCGACAUGCUAUGACAGCCUCCCAUUUUUAACUGAGUAAUCCUUGUUCGCAUAAUUCAAGAUCAUAAUGCUGUCCACCCGUAACGCCGUAUGUAGCAACCCAAGUCUAUCGUCAGCUUCCGUCACUUAGAAGCGCUCCUUCAUUCGUGCCGCAACCGUUCGGAGGUUGCCGUAUACCUUGCCAGGCGGCUUACCGAGAAUCAGGCUCACAACCGACUCCCGGGCAAGGUGGAUGUUCUUGAAUCCACCCAGGAUGUGAAUCUUUGAAUCAGCAAGCACGAUUCGGGUUCUACUGGCGUUCUCGAUAGCAAACUUGGUCUUUCCAUCCUUUCCAGCAAUUCGUCCAAUAGCACGGGCCUGGCUGUCGCCGUGCAUUGUUCGCACAUCCUUAAUCUCGAAAGUUUGGAUGUAGAGGUCGUCGAGUCGCAGCAGCGCGAUGGCAUCGUCCACGUCAAACCCGAGAGUGAACGCCUUGACGAAAUCUUCUCCUUUUUGCAGUGCCCCAGUAUCAGUGGUAUGCUUCGAUGAUCGCAGCUCGACUGUCUUUCGCUUGAUGUUCAUUCGACAUUGUAGCUUAAGGUGCUCGACCAGAGGAGGGUAGAUAGAAGUCCAUGACUGUUUUAAAGGUGUCAUUCGGUGAGGAGGAAUAGGGAUCUUGCGAGUUUCCACACGGGUAACUGGGUCCUAUCAACGUUGUUAGGGUCAUUGAAACUCUACAUGAUGGUAUAGGAGUCUCACAAUAUCUCUGGCAGGCGCAAAUCGAGGCCGUCCUUCCUCAUCGAUAGCCAUUCCAUUCUCAUUGCUCUCCUCCACAGGCACAAGAACAUUCGCAUCGGUAGGAAGAGCGUCAGGCGCAUCUAAAAGGAACUCCUCGUCGUUGUCUGAAUCAAAAUCAGAUUCUGUCUCCGCGAUUCUCUUGUUUCGGAUUUUUCUUCUUUUCAUACCUUCAACUGGGAGCGGAACGUCCACGGGCGGGGCAUCCUCUGCGUUCUUCAAAGCGGUCGGCGCAGGCAUUCUGAAUAAUGAAUGAGUGGCUUUGCUUUGCGAUAAUCUCUUGCAAUGGAGUUUCAAGGCUGUUCUCGAGGCAAGUAUAUGUUAAUACUUUGGUCGCAGAAAAUUCGUCCAAGUCAAAUUCACACACAUCUAAGGGUGUCAGAGGUUGGUUUGGUGGGGGCGUUGGUGACUUUCGAGCAAACUGAUCAAAAAUUUGUGUGGCUUAUCGUAGCUUAUCGAUUGGUUUGCUGCCUUCAGCAGCUAGGCGCGUCAUGGAGUGACUUUUCCAACCAGAACCAUGGAAGUGCAGCUUUGGUUAGCAUUUGCAGUGACGGAAUCUGUCGAUCAUUAACUCCGACCAACUCCUCCUCCGUAAUCUUGCUUCUGUCCUAACUACAACAACAAAGUUCGUUUGGCUCUGACUUCGCCCUGUUUACGUUCUCGGUGUCGUAUUGUUUUUCAGUUAGGCACCAUGAUGCUGGAAUGAUGGCCAAGGGUAUCCCCUCUUCUCUGAUCGGGCGUUGCUUUGGGAUCUGCUUCAAUUCUUCUCCAGCAACAUUCUCUUCGAUUACCAUACGUCCUCUUGCAGAAAUUAGUCGGAAAUGGUCAUUCUUACCUGCGACAAUCGUGCCCUCAAAUACUCGAUUUAUUCAUUCACACCAAAAAUGUCAGACUUUUGAUCCAAUCUCAGACAAUGUGGUGCCUGUCACGCCAGCCUCUUCAUUGCGCCAUACAAUUCAACCUCGAAAAUUUGUUCCCGAGCGAAUAAUCCCUCUUACGACGCACACCUCAACUCGUAUAAUAUCCCACUGGUCAUGUUGGUCAUCGAAGCCAUGGCAACAGCAACGACUGUACAGUGGUAGUGGUAGCAGUGAGGGUAAUGGGUCAAAAUGCUCUUGCGGCAAGGAUAUCACGGAUGUUUCCACCACACCAGCUAAAACAACAGAAGAUCUGAAAAGGGUCAAGGCUUCGACAUUAAACGAAAUAAGCAAAGAUGUUUCCAGUCAACUCGGGAAACAAGACCCUACAGGGUCGGAGUCUGAGCCAGUCUCUUACAUGUCCUAUCUACACCUGCCGAGAAUGCCGCAUCGGCCAACCAAAGAGGAACUGCUCGAGGCCGCCAACGGCUUUUGGCAGCGACUCAAGGUUCGUUUAAAAUGGGUGUCGAUUAGAAGUAUGAGACCGUGGAAUAUUGACGAAUGGGGUGCUUUUGUUUCGUGGUUUCUCUUCGGCCACCUCGCUUGGAUUAUCGUCGGAACAACCACCUUCUUCUCCCUGAUCAUUUUGUCAAUCAACACUGUUGUUGCCCAAGAAACACUCGCGCAAUGGGUAGGUGACUAUUUGACACAGUCUGCUGGCGUUACCGUUGUUUUCGAGUCUGCUAUUGUUCCCAAGUGGCGUGAUAAUGUUAUCUCUUUCCGCAACGUUUUUGUGUCUCGACGACCUGGCCAAGGCAACGUCUCAUCCGUAAGCAAAGGCUCGUCGGAUGCUGCCGCCGAGGCUGCUGCUGGUCGCAAAGCAGAUCUCGUGGGAACGUCUGAAACUGAGGACGAUGGAAACUACACUCAAUUUGAUGUCACUCUUUCAACGGUCAAUGUCACGUUGUCAUUCCUGAACUGGUGGAAUGGCAAGGGAUUGUUGAAAGAUGUUGAAAUCAAGGGUGUUCGCGGUGUCAUUGACCGAACUUCAGUGACAUGGCCAGCCGAGGAGGUCGAUCCUCUGUCAUAUCGUCACAAGCACCAACCAGGAGAUUUUGAGAUCGAAAAGUUCAAGAUGGAGGACCUAUUACUCACCGUUCAUCAACCGGGCGGGUUCCGGCCAUUCUCUAUCAGCAUCUUCUCUUGCGAGCUGCCCCAGCUUCGCAAGCAGUGGCUGUUCUACGAUUUCCUUUCGGCCAACCAUAUGUCAGGGUCUUACGAUGGUUCUCUGUUUACGAUCCAUCCCCGACAAGUCCACGGCGUGGUACCUAGUGGCAAUGGUGACCCAGAAGCUUCGGUCGGUUUUGGUGAUCCUAAGGCGUGGAAAAAGUUCAGUCGGCUCCGAAUUGAUGGGUUGAAGAUAGACCAUCUCAACCGUGGUGUUGAAGGGCCUUUUGGCUGGAUAUACGAAGGGAAUGUUGAUAUUGUUGCUGAUGUCAUGUUUCCCGCUGACACCGACGAGGGCAUCACCAAGGUCAUGGCCGACUUCUACGACCAGCUUGAAGAAAUCGUCGACACAAACAGGCACCGCUUCAUGCGCAACAUCCAAGAGCAAGGCCCUGCUCUUCUUACAUCAGGGCACCUUUCAGACUCAGCUGGAGAUAUUCACGGCGAAAAGCCAGCCGUCGAGCCACAGACAAGUGAGGAUGAGCGUCGCUACCUUAUCAUGGACCUCCGGAUCUCCAUGAACGAUGUCAAAGCUGCAGUACCUCUCUUCACCAAGGAUAUGUCUUACGUCAACCAGGCACUGGUCCGUCCUAUCGUCGCUUAUAUCAACGCGAAGAAGACAUAUAUACCAAUCAAUUGCCGCAUCGUGAAACGAGCCAGCGACUUCGAUGGUAGCUGGUCGAUCUUUGACUGUGGUCUAAUGAACGAUAUGUCAGCGGAGACAUAUGAUGCAUUUGCGAAUGACGUCGAAAACCAACAGAGCCGUGUUCGGCGAUUCAAAAAGGUUGGGUUCUGGACCUUGUCGCUUGCGGUCCAUGCCCUCUUUAUGGGAAUGGCGGGCAAUGUGGUGUGAGUUCCCUGCCACGGGCUCCUGCUCUGCUCGAGUAUAAACGGAGCAUGGGGGUCGAAUGACGAUACGUGUGCGACUUUGUAUAUUUUAUCGGCGUUGUGUAAGAGCAAUGACUUGUGUAAAGGAAAGGCGACGAAGGCGUUCAAGAUUGGAAAGUUUAUGAUACGGCUGACUGUGGCUGGCGUUGGUGGAAUUUUAUAUAUGAACGAUGAGGACCUCGUCCGUGAUUUUACUCUACUCCUUAAUCGCUUAUAGGAGCAACAUGAUGGGCGGUAACUGAUGAGAUACCCUUGCCAUAGUGGCAGCGUUCAUCACAUGAAAUAGCAUAAGUAGCCUCCGGUAUACGAAUGAACAUGAUCUAUGAGCUAUGCAGACCAGACCCAAC